AGCCCAAUUAGCUUUUGUGCUUUAUCGUAUUAUCUACGUACGACGACAUCGACGAGUAUUCCACCUGCAACUGGUCGUCAAUCCAAUCAGCCAUGGCAGGCAUUCGAAUGAUAGAUAUAGCCGUCAACUUCACCGAUGGCAUGUUUAAGGGAAUCUACCACGGCAAGCAAUGUCACGUCUCGGAUAUUGCAACUGUUUUGAACAGAGCUUGGGCUGCCGGCGUCACCCGAAUUAUUGUAACUGGUGGGUCUCUAGAAGAAUCAAGGGAGGCACUUGCCAUUGCGGAAACAGAUGGAAGACUUUUCUGCACAGUUGGAGUGCAUCCAACACGUUGCAAGGAAUUUGAGGAGAGUGGAGAUCCAGAAAAGCAUUUCCAGGCUCUUUUGUCUUUAGCUAAAGAGGGAAUUCAGAAAGGAAAGGUGGUUGCAAUUGGAGAAUGUGGAUUGGACUAUGACAGGCUUCAUUUUUGCCCAGCAGAGAUUCAAAAGAAGUAUUUCGAGAAGCAAUUUGAAUUAGCAUAUAUCACAAAACUGCCUAUGUUUUUGCACAUGCGAGCAGCUGCUGCAGAUUUCUGUGAAAUAGUGGAGAAAAAUAAGGACAGGUUCACUGCUGGAGUCACCCAUUCAUUUACUGGUAGUAUGGAUGAUUGCAUUAAGCUUCUCUCAUUUGAUAAAAUGUACAUAGAUAUUGGAUUGUGGGGAUUAAAUAGCAUUCCAGUCAAAUCCCAUGAAUAUUACCCAUCAUUGAUUCUGUCUGUGGCAGGCAUAAAUGGGUGCUCUCUGAAGACGACUGAGAACCUUGAUGUUGUUAAGGGUAUUCCAGUUGAGAGAAUGAUGAUUGAGACGGACUCACCAUACUGUGAAAUCAAGAAUACUCAUGCUGGAAUUGGUUUUGUUAAAUCUACAUGGCCUUCUAAGAAGAAAGAGAAGUAUGAUCAAGAGUGCAUUGUUAAAGGCCGCAAUGAACCUUGUUUAGUUAAGCAAGUUCUUGAAGUGGUUGCUGGCUGUAAAGGCAUCAACGAUGUGAGUAACCUCAGCAGAACAUUGUACCAUAACACUUGCAGGAUAUUUUUCCCUCAUGACUUGGAUUCUGCUGCUGAUGCUCUUCUAGCUGGCGGUAAUUCUACAUAAACAUACUUGCUAGUGACUUGGCCUUUUCUUUGCUUAUAUUCGGAGCUGUUCUGUAGACCAAAUCCUCAUUUUCUUGAGAAAGCUUGGUAGUGUCCUUGAAGUGGAACUGAGUUUGUCUGUCCUGUCCCUUUUUGGGAAGUGACAACUGGCAAAUCAAGAACUGAUUUCCAGAGUUUAAUGAGUGUACGACAAAUUAUUACAUUGUAUUUUCAUGAGAUUAUCCUGUAAAAAAAACUACGAUACUGAAAGCCAAGAGGGAUACGAUAAGCCGCAGUGAUGAUUAAUGUUUAGGAUGUCACGACUGGGAGUAAAUCAAAGGAGGCUGAUUGGUGGUCCAUCUGUAGUCUCCUAAAGUGCCUCAAAACAUUGUUGUUUCUUUACAUUUUUUUUUUAAAGUCAGUUGAGUUCAACUGUUCAAGUCUGGAUUUAGAUGAUACAACGGUCAGUGUGUCACUCGUAACAUCAUGCCUUGUGAGAACAUGUUAUUCAAUUAAACGUGCCAUAAAAUCUGUUGAUAAU